ACCUAUUUGUGGUUGUAGCACAGUGACUGGAUCAUUAAAUGUUACUUCAGAUGGAUCCUGAAAAAGAAAAGCCAGCAAUGUCAGCAAUGGUUCUGCUGAAUCUCCUCACCAUCAGUCAGCUUCUUCGAUUUGUGAUUACCAUCAACGUCACUUUGCUCCCAUGUGAUUCUGAUGUGAACUCCACUGUAGUGGACUGCAGCAACAGGCCUUUGAGUGCCGUCCCCAGGAUCAUUUCUACUAAUGUUAUAUCAAUCAAUAUCAGUGAGACUGGAAUACAACAAUUGCGCCCGCAAGAUUUCUUUGAUGUCCCAAACCUUCACACUCUGGACAUGACUGGUAACUGCCCACUACCAUACUGGAGGUCCAUAAAAUACGCCUUUUGUGUUGUGAAGAUCCCCAAAAGUGCCUUAAAGAGCCUGCAGAAUCUGAAGUAUCUAUAUCUGUCAGGAAACAGCCUCACCUCUAUACCCCAGUUACCCAGAAGCCUUAUUGUUCUUGAUCUAAAAAAUAAUCAGAUCUUUAACAUUAGCAAGCCUUUCAAUACUCCACACCUACAAAAGCUUUUUCUCACCAGGAACUGCUUUUACGCAAAUCCCUGCAACCAUUCUGCCACAAUCAGUGAGGAGGUUUUCGAUCAGCUUCCUCAACUUAAAACUCUUAACUUAGGGUACAAUAAUUUAACAGCGGUCCCUAAAGGACUGCCAGUUUCACUUGAGAGCCUGGAUUUAAGAGAAAAUACAAUCACAGAGAUUUUGGAAAGAGCAUUUGCUCAUCUGACAAGCCUUAAGUAUUUGAAUCUAGCGUGGAAUUGCCAGCGCUGUGAUCAUGCAGCCAGACCGUGUUUUCCUUGCCCACAGAAUAAGUCAUUACAACUGAAUCCAUUGUCAUUCUAUUCAAAGAAUAGCUCUAUCACAUAUCUAUCUUUGAGGGGAAACUCUCUGAAAACAAUUCCUGAAGGCCUUUUCAGAACUUUGAAAAAUUUGAAAGAGUUAGAUCUCUCUGACAACUUCCUGUCAUAUCCCAUCCGUAAUGGCACUUUCUUCACAGAUUUGAUUCACCUCACUUCAGUCAACUUCAUCUAUAACAACGAACCAUUGCAGACGUUUUCAAAUAUGACUCUCUCACCGUAUAUUACAAGCAUGUCUAAUCUACAAGAGCUUAAACUGAGUGGGAAUUUUUUCCAUACAAUUCCAUCAGAGACUCUCGACCUGCUGUCAAAACUUAAACAUCUGAAGAGGCUGGAAUUGCGAAUGAACUUCAUGGAGUCUCUUGAUUUGGAAGCUUUUGGACGAAUACCUUCGCUAGUAUUUGUUGACCUCUCCCAAAACAUGCUGAGUUUCACCCAAUGCUGGAUAUACCCCUCAUCCGAGUGCUUGUCAGAGCAGGGUUGUCAGAGCCAGAGCUUGUAUAAGUAUGCAUAUCAUGAGCCAUCCCAGACCCUAGUCGAUCAAGACAUCUCCUUUGGAAGUGACAUGAGGGAAUCCAAUCAGUUAAACAUGCUAGAAAUGCUGGAUGAAAAUGACUUUAGAUUUAAAAAACUAUGGGACUUCAGCAUUGAGUCUUGCCACAAUAGGCUGACUUUUGAUCUUUCUCAAAAUAACAUAAUGUAUCUAAAUGAUUCUCUUUUCAUCGGCAUGGAAAAUGCUGCUUGUUUAGACUUGUCCCUCAAUUACAUUAAUCUGCCAUUGAAAGGCAAUCAAUUUGCGAGACUGAAAAACUUAGUAGUCCUGAAUCUUUCCUACAAUAGACUUGAUCUCUACUACAAAGAUGCCUUUAGUGACCUUAAAAACACUCUAAGGGUAUUAGACAUAAGUAAUAAUCAGUUUCAUUUCAAAAUGAAGGGCAUGGGUCAUCAUUUUGCGUUUCUUUCCAAUCUGAUAAAUUUGCAAGUACUAAGUUUGGCGGACAAUGACAUUGGGAUACGGAUAGAUGAUGGACUAAAUAGUAACUCUCUUAAGUACCUCUACUUCAGUGGAAAUGAACUUGCCAUCAUGUGGCACCCUGAUAACAGCAGAUACACUAGCUUCUUCCAAAACCUAACAAGUCUCAUCCAUCUGGACAUCUCAAACAACAAGCUCAAGUUCAUUUCAUCGGAGGUAUUGUGCAAUCUUCCAAGAAGCAUUCACUCCCUCAAUAUCAGUAACAAUAAGCUCUCCCAUUUUCCAUGGCAGAACAUCUCAGCACUCAGCAACUUAAUGCACCUAGACUUAAGUCAAAACCACAUGAAAUAUUUGACUCAAAAAGGAGUUCAAUUUCCAGACAAUUUUUCUUUUUUGGACCUCAGUCACAACCGAUUAAAGGUGAUUCCCCAGGGGUUCUUCAGUAAGGCGAAAUCCUUGCAAUACCUGUACCUCAGCUACAACCAGAUUAAAGAGUUCAGCAUCCAUUUUCUUCCCACCCCCUUUAAAAAUGGUAGUGCUCUUAAGCAACUCACUUUGCAUGCUAAUCCUUUUAGAUGUGACUGUGAAACCUCCUGGUUUGCAGACUACUUGCUUACCACUCCAAUAAAGAUUCCUUAUCUCACCACAUUUGUACAUUGUGCAUACCCAGAGUCCCAACAAGGUAAGAGCGUAUGGUCUAUAGACCAACGUUCAUGCCAGGACAUAUAUGGCAGUUUACCAUUUUUUGUUUGUUCCUUCAUUGUUGUAAUAUUCACUUUAUUGCCCUUACUUAAGCAUCUCUAUGGCUGGGAUCUGUGGUAUUGCUUACAUGUGUUCUGGGCUGGAAUCAAAGGGUACUCCCAGCUGCCUGGUAGUGACUCCCUAUACCACCAUGAUGCGUUUGUGGUGUUUGACACUAGUAACCUGGCAGUGAGAGACUGGGUCUACAAGGAGCUAUUGUUCCACCUCGAGAACGGAGGUCCCAGGAGGUUCUGUCUCUGUUUGGAAGAAAGGGAUUGGAUACCUGGACUUUCAUGCAUUGACAAUCUACACAAUGCUGUUUAUAACAGUGUGAAGACGGUAUUUGUGCUGUCCAGCAGUGUUACCAAUGGUGAGACCGUGAAUGGUAUCACCCGCCAGGCAUUCUUCAUGGUACAGCAGCGGCUCCUGGAUGAGAAGGUGGAUGUAGCGGUGCUUGUCCUAUUGGAUGAGAUGUUUCCCAAACUGAAGUAUCUUCAACUGAGGAAGAGGUUGUGCAGAAAGUCGGUGUUGUCCUGGCCCAGAAACCCAUGUGCUCAGCCAAUUUUCUGGAACCAAUUGAGAAUGGCACUAGCAUCAGAUAACCGGAAAUUCUAUGACAACAACAUGAGUGAAAGUUUCUAUUAGCCCUUUAGCUGCUCUUAGCAUCAACUUCUGCCAUUAUCUUAA